AUGACCCCAGCAACACCAGCGCGCGUCAGCACACUCCUCUCAAACCUAACCGCUGUACGUGCGCGAGUGAAUACCGCUGUCCUCCAAUCCCCGAUUCCUAGUAAACCAAUCCGACUCGUCGCCGUCUCUAAACUCAAGCCCGCAUCCGACGCCCUAGCCCUGCACCAAGCUCCAGGGGCGCAACUCCACUUCGGAGAGAACUACCUUCAAGAACUACUCGAGAAAUCGCGGCUGCUACCCGCAACCAUCAAAUGGCACUUCAUCGGUGGGCUGCAGAGCAACAAGUGUGUGACGCUUGCACGGGACGUGCGCGGGCUGUGGGCAGUCGAGAGCGUGGACUCGGAGAAGAAGGCGAAACUGCUGGAUAAAGGUUGGAGCGAGAGGGGUUCUGCGAUGGCAGCUACCAACCACGAGGAGGAUGGGAAGCUGCGGAUCUAUAUCCAGAUCAAUACGUCUGGCGAGGAGAAUAAGGCUGGUGUUGAGCCUGCUGGGGCGGCGGCGCUCUGUCGAUAUGUUCGUGAGCAGUGUCCCCGGCUUCAGUUGCAGGGUCUCAUGACUAUUGGAGCUAUUGCCAGAUCGCAGGUGACGACGGUGGAGAAUGAGAAUGAGGAUUUUGUUUGUUUGAGGGAGACGAGGGAUCGGGUAGUAAAGGAGCUUGGAUUGGUUGGGGAUGAGGCUGGGUUGGAACUAAGUAUGGGGAUGAGCUCCGAUUUUGAAGGGGCGAUCGCUCUUGGUAGUGAUCAGGUUCGCGUUGGGACUACGAUCUUUGGGGAUCGACCGCCCAAGGCGGAGGCCAGUGUCGUUUGA